UUACGUCAUUUUCUAAAGAUAGGAAUUUACACUAGUCUGCCGCGAACCAGAUGUCUCCCCUCGCCCUCGCCCUCACCUUUCGUCUUCCAUUCCAUUUUAUGCUUUCUUCUUAAGCUCAGAAUACGAAGAGCGUGAAAAGGGGAGAUGGGUUUAGUCGAAGCAGUAGCAGGAAUACUCUUUGAUGCGUCAGUGUUAUUGCCUUACCAAGAGGGGUCGUCCUUGCAACCGUCAGCUCAGUCCUUACUCCGCCGGCUCCGCCACUCCGGGAUCCGUUCGGGAAUUUUUUGCGGGGAGGGCCUUCCAGAUGACGAGGUGGGUUUUCUUAAAAGCAUGGCAAUGCAAUACUCGUUUAAUCACUUUUUGGUGGGGGCAUCAUCUUCUGCCAUUGAUGAGGUUAAUGCAGCAUGGAAUGACAUUGGAGGGACUAUUUUGUGUGUUAUUUCGAACAAUAAAAAAGAUGACUUUACUCAACUAGCCACCUCCGGUUGGCUUUUCCUUAUUUUGGAUGUUGAAGGUGCUGUUUCAUGUCCGAAUUCAAACAGAUUUCACAUCAACAAACUGGAAGAGUUGCCUUUGGCCAUUAGCAAUUUAAAUAAAAAGGCAAUUGGCAGUGACGUUGUGACAGUGGCUUACAUUAUGAAGACUUCUCGUGAAGAAGAUUUUGCUAAGAGGGGUGCAUUUCCCAUUCAACAUACUCCAAAUGGGUUGAUAUUUCUGCCCAUCACAUUUGACCUCCCUCUGUCAUCUCAAUUACGAGAGGCUGAUGUUAUUCUCCAUAAAGCAACUGAUGAAAUUCUCUCCAUUGAUUUGAGCAACUCGUCUGAGUCACCUAACAGAAUUAUUUACACUAGGGGCAUGCAGGAAUUGCAAAGUUAUAUGAACCAUCACCCUGAGUGCAUUGCAAUUGAUCCACUCAACAACAUAUACCCUGUGCUGGAUCGGCUGAAAAUCCAACGACUUUUACUUGGGCUGGAAGAUCUCAACUCUGAAGGCCAUUGUGCAAUUAGAGGCCCCCAUUUUCUCAAGAUUGAUGAUUUCAAUGCACCUGGGUUGGUACAAAGGCUAGCAGAAUCUAAACUUUCUCUUCCAAGUAUUGUGAAACCUCGAGUUGCCUGUGGUGUAGCUGAUGCUCACAGUAUGGCAGUCAUCUUUAGAAAUGAGGAUUUCAAGGAUUUAAAUGUUCCUUGUCCAGCCGUUGUUCAGGAAUAUGUGGACCAUUCGUCCACUCUGUUCAAGUUUUACGUGUUGGGUGAGAAAGUAUUCUAUGCAGUGAAGAAGUCGACGCCAAAUGCUAAUACGCUGAUGAAACUGUCACAUAGAAAAGGACCUGGUCCUUUACACUUUGACAGUUUAAAAUCUUUACCUACUAGUGCUGAGCAUGCUGGAAAUGGGUCCAAUGACAAGUCUCUUGAUCUCAAGCUAGUCACUGAUGCUGCAAUCUGGCUAGCAAAGAUGCUUGAUCUUACCAUCUUUGGCUUCGAUGUUGUUAUUCAAGAAGGAACUGGAGAUCAUGUCAUCGUUGAUGUAAAUUAUCUUCCAUCAUUCAAGGAAGUGCCUGAUGAUAUUGCUAUUCCGGCCUUCUGGGAUGCUAUUAAAAAGAAGUUUGAAUCGAAAAGGUCAAAACAGUGUGCGGUUUCCAACUGCUGAGGGGAGUUGUAGGCAUUUGAUUGUUAAGUGAUCAUUUGUUGAUAAUAAUGCUGGUGUUCGUCAAGAGGAUGUGUUCAUGCAUUGCUUUUUAAAAUGGCAUAUGCAUAGAAUAUGUGUGUCCGAAUUCCCAAACACAGCACCACCCACAAUCAAAUUAUGUAUUUGGUGGGAUGUGUUGCGUUCUUCUUUGCAGUAACCUGUUCAGCCAAAGAGAAACAUGCAAUUUGGUUGUCAAUAUUUUGCAAAUGUUUAUCAAUCAAAAGACUCUCCCCUGUU